CACAAUAAUUUUUACUAUAAAUUAGCCAAUAUGAGUCAUAACUAUCCAAAGAUAAAAGCAGCUAAAAAGAAAACCUCAACGCUGGUUGCUCAGCAAUGUUCAGAAUUUAAUGACAAAGAUUCUUUCCUAGAGAAUAUUUAUACUACAGAUUCUAAGGAUAUAUGGGUCAAGAAGUGCCACAAAUAAAGGGAAAGUAAUGAAUCAGAGAACUCUUUACAAAAAUAACCAACUAGAGACCUUAAUUCCUGGCAUUGCAAAUGAGUUUAGCAGUAAAGGGCGAGGAGCUAUUCUUCCCUCCUUUUUAGAGAUUAGUAGUAAUACCACUCUUGAAGAGCUAAUAGAGAAAAAACCUAAAUGUCAGAAGGAAGAAGGGAUAGUCAAGCCUAAGAAAAGGGUAAUUUAAAAAAGACUUCAAGAAAAAUUUGCUCAUGGAGAGCAGAAAAUCGGCGUUUAAAUCAUACAAGAAAAAUACUUUAGCAGAUUUACCUAAUGAAAAAUCUCUCGAAGGCAUUAAUCAUAAGAGAUCGAGUGUUAUCAUAACUUCUAAAUCAGCAACCGAAGCAUGAUUGUCCCAACAAAAAUAGACCUUCUAAGAGCAGGACAGUCUUCUUAAUGAAUUCAAACUCAAUAACAGAAAACAUGCAUUAAGCGUCAAGACUCCUCUUUCACAGAAUUCAUAAAAAUAUUAAUUCUAAGCUUUUCCGUUCCAUCUUAACUUUUUAAAAAUAUAUAAUAAUUCUGAUACCGAUUUCUGAUCAAACCGAAAUAUAUUAUAAGAAGCAGGGAAUUUCCUCUAUCUCAAAACCAAGACUGCUCGGUCCAAAAUCCGCCCAAAAGGAAGCCUUAACUACCCCACCUCCCCAUCCAUCACCCCACCACCAAACCUAAUAACCCCACUCACCCCAUAAUUCCCCCAAAAUCCUACCCCUCACGCACCCUCUCUUAACCCCUUACUAAUCCCCACUGACUUCUCAUCCAAAACUGGUCGUAUUUCUUACUGUGCACAUACUUAUUAAUUAUCAAAUUCCUGUUUAGUGU